AUGGCAGAUGAACAGAUAGAUAGACAGAAAGGAGCACACUUCGGAUUCAAACGAAUGGCGCGCGGGAAACAAUACCGACACCGACAGUCCUCCGACGAGAACCACCGAUCAACUACAAUGAAGGAUGAUGAGUCUAGAAAAACAGACUCCAAAGACCAUAAUAAUGAUGUAUCAAUAGAAAAAACUCUUGAAGAGACAACCCAUUGCGAUGACCAAGCUGUUGCUGAUGAUUCAUAUUCAAGAGAUUUCGAUCAAUUGGAUGAACGUUCAGACAAUGUUGAUAAUGAAACUAACAGGACUAUAACUCCGUCACUGGAUUAUCAGUUGAAUGCAACAAAAGAGCAUCAAACAUCCAUUCCUGCAAACACAAAUGAAGAAAUUAAAGUCGAUUUAACACCACGGGGAAGACCUGUUAAGCUGGCACCACUUGAUCUUAAAACGAUGUCAAACAGUAAUGAAUCAAAAUCGAAAAUAACGCCAAGAUCUAAAAAGUCUUCCAAGACCAAAUCCAAAGAUUCGGUUCGCCGCAAUUUGAAUUUGGAAGACGGCAUGUCAACAUCUUCAAGUGUUUCGGGCGAAUCUUCUCUUUCCAGCGCACGGUCAUCAAAUACGUCAACGCCUAGAAAAGAGAUGGCACAGAAGAAACUUCGAAAGGAGCUGAAAGCAAGAACACCGCGAAAAUACGAAAACAAAGUGUAUUAUGUUGUUGGAACAAACGAAACAGGAGGAAAGUGGGCGAAGAAAUCAGACAUUAAACAAGAAGGUAAAGCAGAUCCAAAUGAAGAUAAAAAAAUAAGUCUCGACGAUGUAAAGCAUGAGGACGAGAACGAAGGAAAUUCAGAUAGUAUGAAUUAUUCAGUCAACAUUCCAAAGCUUCAAUUAAACGAAAUAACGAAAUCAGAAGUCGGGGCACAAACUAAAAAGUUACAUAAUGACGAAAUAAUUGUAGACAAAAAUUCAUCUUACGAGGGUGUUUCCCAAGACAGCGAUAUAGUUGAUGCGCUAGCAAAAAUGGAACGAGUCAGUAAUCCUAUAUCAUGUCAGAGACAACCAAUACUGUCUGACCAUGAUGGAAACGAUAAUAAGGUAGCCGAUGAGAACGACUAUGAUGAUGAUUUCGAAGAGGACGAUACUGAUAUCGAUCAAAGUGGGGUACAGAAACAAACAGAAAAAGACAAUCAAACCAGCGACAAAAAGCACGAUCACUCAUUAGAAGCAAAUACAAAACUUGAUGACAACGACCAAGAAAACGAUCUCAAGAAAAUUACAAGUCAUUAUCGCCCGGCAAUAGAUGAAGUGGCGGUGAAAUCAAAACAGAAACAAAAUGAACUUAAGACGAUGAACGUUGCCAAUGACUCCGAUCUUAAAGUACAUGUUGUUAGCUCAGAUGAUAAACAGUCCAACUAUAGAAUAGGAUCGCUUGUCAUUUCCCAUUCCACAAUAAAUACACUUGUUAUUUCUAAAGAUAGCCGUUUUGGAAUUGAUGAGACACAACUAGGAAAAUCAAAGGAAAAUAUCAAUAGUGUUGACUCAAGAGACAGGAUUAUGCGACCAAAGUCCGACAGAAGUACAAAAGAAACACUAGAAACAGAAAUGUUAACACCAAAAGAAACUAAGACAACGACUAAAGGAAAUUCUGAAUUGAACGAACACGUAAAUGUAAAGACGGCGUUGAGUGGCGCUGCAGAGAAAACUGUGUUUGAAGAAAAAUCAGCAUUUUCCGAAAAAAGACUCAAAGAAGAGGUACCGGAUAGCGACAUUGAACGUCUUGGUGCUAAUUUCGAAAUUAACCAUAAAGAAAUGAAACACGAUAAAGAACAAACAGAGUCAGCGGUAACAGGGAUACAAGAUGAAAACGAUGCUACACAACCGGAAUACCCAGUGGAUAAUAUACUGGAAAUUAAGGAAGAAACUGAUUUACCUGAACAGAUUGAUGGAAUAUAUUCAAAGAAACCGGAUUUUUCAGAUCAAACAAUGUCAAAAGAUAAUAGAGAAAACCUCACUGACACUGAAGCUAAACUAAUGGACAGAAAUAUAACUGACACAAUCAAUGAAGUGGAGCAUGUGAAAAGCGCUAGUACCGAUGAUAAAGAAAUUACAUCCGGACAAGAUAUGCAAAUGACCACAGUUGAAAAAGAAAAGACAGAUAAUGAUAUCCCCAACAUUAGCGUAGCAGAAACCGUUCAUGAAACGAUUGCAUAUGAACAUGAAACUAAAACAGAUAUAAAACUACAUGCCACUAAAGACGCACAAACUAGCAAUGAAAUAUCGACAGGAACCGAAGUUGCAGAAUUAUCAACUCUGAACACCGAACGAAAUGAUGACAAAAACUAUGACAUUACGUUCGAUAAAGAACAUCAGACUGAGCCGUUCUUACCUAAAGCUUUUACGGAAGAUUUGGAACAUGUAAAAUACAUAGGUACCCAAGAUAAUAAUCUUGCCGCCGAUUAUAAUAUUCACACGUUCUCAGUAGAGGAAGACGAUUAUAAUCGCUCCACUUUAAGAGAAGCCGAAACCGUACCGGAAAAAUUGACCGAGGAUACACAGAAACAUGACACUGCUGCAGAUGCAAAUGAACAUGCCACUAAAGAUGCACAUAUCAGCAAUAAAGAAGCGAUAGAAACCAAGGUUGCAGAAGUAGCAAAUGUGAAAACAACUGACGUAAAGCACAAUGAUACGACGUUUGAUACUGACCGCCAGUUUGCAACUAUCUUAAUAAAAGAAGGUCAAGAAGAGAGCGAUCACUUUAAAGACACUACAGUAGAUCAGGCUGUUGUACAGGUCACUGAAGUUAUAAGUGGUGAUUUGGCACAUAUGGAAGGCGGAGGUACUGAUGUAAAGGAAUUCAAUAGCAUACCUGUGGUUGAACUGGACAUCCACUUGUCUACAGUGGAAGAAAAUAAAGAGGAAAUAAAUGUUAGCAAUGAACAUGAGUUAGAAAGUGUCGUUUAUGGCAUGGAUGAUGUUCCUAAUAUUAAAGAUAAAUAUAAAACAGACACACCUAUGCAAGACAGUAAACAGAACACAAACGAGAAAACAAGUUUAAGUGGGGAUUUUGAAAAUGUUAGAGAAGACGGCAUCAGUGAUAAGAAAAUUAACACAAUAUAUGAGACCGAAAAUGACAUGCACACGCCCUCCGUGGACGAAGAAAUUGCAGACAAUAAUGUCCACACCGACAGUGUAGCUGAAACUAUAACUGAUUCGCCAAAUGAGGUUUGUAAUGCAUUCGAGCAACUAAAGAAUGAAUCGAAAACAGAUUCUACAGAACGAGCAAACACAAGCAAUCAUGACCAUGCCAACGAAAAUAAAGCUUCUGAAUUAAACAAUAUGAAAGUCGAAACAAACAACGAGAACGAUAAUGAUUUACAAAUGACCCCGGUAGAAAAAGAACCAACAGAUAAAGAUCUCCAUAGUAAUACUCAAGUAGAAACCGUUACUGAAAUAAUAGAAAAUAAUAAACCGGAACUUGAAACUAAAGCAGAUGCAAAUAAACAUGCCACUAAUGACACACAUAUAAGCAAUGACGAAGCAAAAGAAACCGAAGUUGCAGAAGUAGCAAAUGUGGAAACAACUAAUGUAAAGCACAAUAAUACGACGUUUGAUACUGAGCGCAAGUUGGAAACUAUAUUAAUAAAAGAAGAUCAAGAACAGAGCGAUCACUUUAAAGACACUACAGUAGAACAGGCUGUUGAACAGGUCACUGAAGUUAUUAGUGGUGAUUUGGCAAAUAUGAAAGGCGAGGGUACUGAUGUUAACGAAUUAAAUAGCAUGCCUGGGGUUGAACUUUACAUCCACUUGUUCCCAGUGGAAGGAUAUAAAGAGGAAAUAAAUGUUAGCAAUCAACACAAGUCGGAAAAUGUCGUUUAUGGCAUGGGUGAUGUUCCUAAUAUUAAAGAUAAAUAUAAAACAGACAAACCUAUGCAAGACAGUGAACAGAACACAUAUGAGAAAGGAAGUUUAAGUGGGGAUAUCGAAAAUGUUAAAGAUGACGGCAUCAUUGAUAAGAAAAUUGACAGAAUAUGUGAGACCGACAAUGACAUGCAAACACCCUUUGUGGACGAAGAAAUUGCAGACAAUAAUUUCCGCACCAACAGUGAAGCAGAAACCAUAACUGAUUCGCCAAAUGAGGUUUCUAAUAAUAUUGCAUUCGCGCAACUAACGAAUGAAUCGAAAACAGAUUCAAAUGAACGAGGAAACACAAACGAUUAUGACCAUGACAACGAAAAUAAAGCUUCUGAAUUAAACAAUAUGAAAGUCGAAACAAACAAUGAAAACGAACAUGAUUUACACAUGACCUCGGAAGAAAAAGAACCAAAAGAUAAAGAUCUUCCCACCAAUAGUCAAGUAGAAACCGUUACUGAAAUGAUAGAAGAUAAUACACCAGAGCUUGAAACUAAAGCAGAUGCAAAUGAAGAUGCCACCACUGACACACAUAUCAGCAAUGAAGAGGCAAAAGAGACCGAAGUUGAUGAAGCAGAAAAUAGGAAAACAAAUGAUGUAAAGCACAAUGAUACGACGUUAGAUACGGAGCGCAAAUUAGCAACUAUAUUAAUAAAAGAAGGUCAAGAAGAGAGCGAUCACUUUAAAGACACUAAAGUAGAACAGGCUGUUGAACAGGUCAAUGAAACUAUUAGUGGUGAUUCGGCAAAUAUGAAAGGCGAAGGUAAUGAUGUAAAGGAAUUCACUAGCAUACCUGUGUUUGAACUUGACAUCCACUUGUCCUCAGUGGAAGAAUAUAAAGAGGAAUUAAAUGUAAGCAAUAAACACGAGUCGGAAAAUGUCGUUUAUGGCAUGGAUGAUGUUCCUUAUAUUAAAGAUAAAUCUAAAACAGACACACCUAUGCAAGACAGUGAACAGAUCACAAAUGAGAAAUCAAGUUUUCGUGGGGUUGUACAAAAUGUUAAAGAAGACGGCAUCAAUGAUAAGAAAAUUGACACAAUAUUUGAGACCGACAAUGACAUGCAAACACCCUUUGUGGACGAAGAAAUUGCAGACAAUAAUUUCCGCACCAACAGUGAAGCAGAAACCAUAACUGAUUCGCCAAUUGAGGUUUCUAAUGAUAUUGCAUUCGCGCAACUAACUAAUGAAUCGAAAACGGAUUCAAAUGAACGAGCAAACACAAGCGAUUAUGAUCAUGACAACAAAAAUAAAGCUUCUGAAUUAAACAAUAUGAAAGUCGAAACAAACAAUGAAAACGAACAUGAUUUACAAAUGACCGCGGUAGAAAAAGAACCAAAAGAUAAAGAUCUUCCCACCAAUAGUCAAGUAAAAACCGUUACUGAAAUGAUAGAAGAUAAUACACCGGAGCUUGAAACUAAAGCAGAUGCAAAUGAAGAUGCCACCAAUGACACACAUAUCAGCAAUGAAGAGGCGAAAGAAACCGAAGUUGCUGGAGUAGCAAAUGUGGAGACAACUUAUGUAAAGCACAAUGAUACGACGUUAGAUACGGAGCGCAAAUUGGCAACUAUAUUAAUAAAAGAAGGUCAAGAAGAGAGCGAUCAAUUUAAAGACACUGAAGUAGAACAGGCUGGUGAACAGGUCACUGAAACUAUUAGUGGUGAUUCGGCAAAUAUGAAAGGCGAAGGUAAUGAUGUAAAGGAAGUCACUAGCAUACCUGUGUUUGAACUUGACAUCCACGUGUCCUCAGUGGAAGAAUAUAAAGAGGAAAGAAAUGUAAGCAAUAAACACGAGUCGGAAAAUGUCGUUUAUGGCAUGGAUGAUGUUCCUUAUAGUAAAGAUAAAUCUAAAACAGACACACCUAUGCAAGAUAGUGAACAGAAAACAAAUGAGAAAGCAAGUUUUAGUGGGGUUGUAGAAAAUGUUAAAGAAGACGACAUCAAUGAUAAGAAAAUUGACACAAUAUGUGAGACCGACAAUGACAUGCAAUCGCCCUCUGUGGAAGUAGACAUUGCAGACAAUAAUUUUCCACACCAACAGCGAAGCAGAAACCAUAACUGA